UUAUGCAGGCAUGGUCCAUUAUUUUUACCAUAAGGAAACCCACCAUGAGACAUGGCAUGCAGCCAAUGUUGGAAUGCUGCCAAGAGCAGGGGCGGACUGACAACUCAUGGGGCCCCCGGGCAAUAGGGGAUCAUGGGGCCCCUGUGUCCUUGCCCACACUCAAACCACACCCAAAAAAGCCUAUUAAAGGUACCAAGGGGCAUCUCAUGGGGACCCAUACUGACCCCGGGCCCUCUGGCAGUGCCCAAGUUCCCAAA